GAUACUAAUUGAAAAACUUCAUUGAAGAAAAUAAAAUUUAUGAAUCCUUUAUAUAAAAAUCAUAAUUAAAUAAUGUUUAAAUUAAUUCAAAGAGCUUGCUUCAGAUAUGCAGUUGCCAGCAGUAAGGGUGAGGCUGAAAUAACAUCAGUACCAGGUAUUGACAAUUAAAAAGAUUAGGACACAAACCUCCCUCUUUUGAAGAUACUGUUUAAGGAAAAUAUGCUGGUGUUCUGUUUUCAACUGCAUCUUAAAGAGAAGCUCUUCAUUUAGUUCUUUAAGACAUGAAAUAUUUCAAAGAUUUAGCAGAGAAAAGUCCUGUUUUUGCAAGCUUUUUAUUAAACUCAGCUUACAAGAGAAAUUAAUAAAGAAAUGUAAUAUAAACAUUAACAAAAGUAAAGAGAAUAUAAUAUUAAUUUAGGAAGGAUUUCAUGAAGUCACAAUAAAUUUAUUAAAUACUAUGAUUGACAGUUAAAGAAUUUCAUUUUUGACAAAGACAGCAGAGAAGUAUAUUGAAUAUUACAGAAUAUUUAACAAAGAAGAAAAUAUUACAAUAAUAUCUGCAGAAACAUUAUCUGAAGAAUAAAGGUAUCAUAGUAUGAAAAUGAGAUAGAUCCUAAGUAGUUGAGUCAUUAAAAUAAUCAAACCCUAAUGUUCAAUUCUCUGUAUAAUAUAAAGUUGACCCAUCAAUUUUGGGAGGUUUAUAAAUGUAUUCUGGCAACAAAUUCUUAGAUUGCUCAUUGUUGUCAAGAGUGAAUAGAUUGAGAUCAGAGUUGUAGAAAUUGAGCAUUUGAUUUAGAAUAAAUAGUA